AUGAGUGACGACCUCGACUUUUUGUUCAAACCAAUAGUCUUGAUAACCGGGUUUGGUCCUUACUUGAACCACCCGGUGAAUGCUAGCUGGGAAGCAGUGAAAAUAAUGAACAAAGAGGCAAUUGAGAAGAAACAUAAUGUAGAGUUUGUUCAAAUAGAGCUGCCAGUAACUUACGAGAACGUGGAUGAAUUCGUUCCUGCGCUCUGGGAAACACAUACACCAAAGCUAAUGAUACAUGUAGGAGUAUCAAGCACGGGUCAGUGUUUGCAGCUAGAAUCCCAAGCACAUAGAAAAGGUUACAAGAAGAAGGACUAUUUAGACAAACUACCAGCAAACUGGUCAUGUCUAGCUGAUGGAGCAAUCAGAUUACACACCAAACUGGAUGUGGAACGAAUCUGCAAGGAGUUUAAUGGUGACAACUCACCACAAGAGAGGUACAGAGCUGAAGUAUCAUUGGAUGCUGGACGGUAUCUCUGCGAGUACAUCUACUACACGUCGCUAAGUAUAGACAGCAGCCGCACUCUCUUCGUGCACGUACCGGUCAUGGAUAUCUACUCUCCCGAGGAGACCGCCAGUGGUCUCGAACGGAUUCUGGACCUCUGUCUUACACAAAUCAACGAGAGAGGAGACGCCACCGACCAGGUGACAGAACAAUUGAAGAACACUAAAGUAGUUGAUAGUAAUGACAUAUAA